AGGGAGGAUCGGCUCUGAACCUACCAGACGUGUUUUGUCGUUUAGCAGCAUAUUUUCAUUGAUGACGUACAAAUACAUGUACAAAGGAUCUCCGUCAAUUCUGAAAAAAUGUUUAUUCUAACUUUCACUUUUACAGAAACAGUAGUGGUUGUACUCUAGCAAAGAAAAUCAAAUAAUGGCAGCUACAGUGUUUGUCCAGCAGCCUUAUAUAGUGGCAAAUCGAUAUUCAUCAUGGAGUUCAGGGCUGUGCGACUGUGGCCAGGACAUGAACUCUUGCUGCUAUGCAUUUUGGUGCUGCCCUUGCUUUGCUUGUUCCACCACUGGGGAGUUUGGGGAGAGCACCUGUCUGCCUCUGUUAGACAUGUUAGGCCCGGGUUUCAUGGCUGCUUUUGGGGCGCCAGUAUGUGUGCCACCGGUGACUUUGGGGAUGCGGGUGGCAAUUCGCCACAAAUAUGAAAUCCAGGGCAGUAUCUGCGAGGAUAUCAUGGUGUCCUGUUGUUGUAUUUGGUGUUCCUGGUGUCAGAUGAGCAGAGAAAUCAAGGACCGUAAAAAACCCAUCACCAUAAUUACCACACAGCCCGUGGUACAGAGUGUUCCCAACAUAUCCACCACCACCACCACACAUGUUGUGAAAGAGUCAUAUAUGUCACCACCCCAGAUGGGUUCGACUUAUAUCAUGACUUCUCCAUAGAGGGAAGCCCCAGCUGCCAUUCAUCCUAAAUAGAUUUCACUUACAUAAUGUUUUAAAGAUUCAAUACAUAUUGAUGGUUCCUAAUUUGCCAUGUUUAUCUAUACACUAUACCGUGGUUUCCUGGACAGGGCUUAUCCCAGUCCCAGAAUAAGAUGCAUGUUUAAGCUCAAUAUUGUAUGUCUUGCACUGACAUAUUUUAACAUAUAUCUUUACAUUGUUGUGUCUCAAGAUUUGUAAUAACUACUAUGAGGCAGUUUCCCAGACAGGGUUUAGAUGAAUCCAGGACAAGGGCUUAGUUAUAUUAAGACAUUUAAGAAGUUUUUACAAACAAACCUCACAAAAACAAUACUGGUGUGCAUUUUGGGCACUGAUCUGUUAACAUGUCAGACAGUUCAAACAUGCAUUUUUGUCUAGGGGUGGUUUCCCGGACAGGGAUUCGACUAGUCCUAGACUAAAAUGAAUGUAAGAGCUGUCCAAACUGAAAACACCUUGCACUGACAUAUCUUAAAAUACAUCAGUGCCCUUUGUUUUACCUCAGAAUGCAAACCAGUAAUGUUUUUAGUAAGGCAUGUUUGUUAAAACUAGUUAUAUUUCUUAAUUGCCUAGUCCUGGCUUAAAAUAAUCCCUGUCUGAGAAACCACCCCUAAAUGUCCUAGGCCUAGUCCUGGAUUAAUUAAAACCAUGCCCCUAUAUUAUUUAUGGAGUAUAGUAUAGAUAAAAUUGGUUUAUAUGAGAAUACUAGACUGAUCUCAUGAAAAGUCGUGUUAUAGUCACGCAAAAUUGUAUCAAUUUAUUUGUGUCCAUGCCACGAAAUUCAGCUUUAUUCGUGCCUUGAGCAUGAAUAUCUAUAAAUAGUUUUUCGUGUGUGUCGCACGACUUUCUUUUUUGUCUUAUUUUAUGUAUAGUUUUUUCCUAUUUUCUUACCAUUGUCGCUUGGGGUUGUGGUUAGAAUGACUUUCUGUUACAUUUUUAGACAUCCUAACCCAAACUCCAACUCUAAGACAAUGAUUUAAAAAUAGGGAAAAUGAGAAAACAUAAAACACAAAACACACAUAAAAUGACACGAAAAAAUGAAAGUCGUGCACGGACACGAGAAACUAUUUAUAGAAAAAAAGAUAUUCGUGCUCAAGGCAUGUGAAAAAGCUAAAUUUCGUGACAUGGACACGAAUAAAUGUAUAAAAUUUUUGGUGAAUAUUACAUGACUUUCCAUGAAAUCAUGUUGGAGAAUACGCAGUGACCUGUGAUCAAUAUGCUGGGUAACUUGCCUGAUUCAUAUUUUAUUUUGGGGUUUGGGUUGGGUAACCAUUAUUGUAGAGAUAUUCUCACAUUCAGUUUUAAACUAUAUUGUGUAUGAAAGCGUAAAACAUAUAUACACACACAAUAUUAUUUUCAGUUUAGUUAAGCAUUUUAGACAGCCUGAAAAAACUUUUUUUUCUUAAUGUGUUUGCAUUCUUUGUAACUGUAAAUGUCUAAGAUGUGAAGAGACACAAUAAAAUAUACAAAUACACUUUGGAAUUAGAAUUGUAUUUGUUAACUGAAAAGACUUAAAGUG